GCAGCUGCAGACGGUGAGCGGUCGCGGCUCAGUCUCAGUCACCCCGGCACCGACAACAACAAACACCAGCCGCCGCUCCCCCCACACACACACACCAUGAACGGACAGAUCAACGGCCUGCACCAGAACCUGCUGGACGAGAGGACGUUCCUCUUCACCUCCGAGUCGGUCGGUGAAGGUCACCCAGAUAAAAUCUGUGAUCAGAUUAGUGAUGCUGUAUUGGAUGCCCAUCUCAAACAAGACCCGGAUGCCAAAGUUGCAUGUGAGACUGUUGCAAAAACUGGUAUGAUUCUGCUGUGCGGUGAGAUUACCUCUAGGGCUGCUGUCGACUACCAGAAAGUCGUACGAGAUACUAUUAAACAUAUCGGGUACAAUGAUUCAUCAAAAGGCUUUGACUACAAGACCUGCAAUGUCCUGGUUGCUUUGGAGCAACAGUCUCCAGAUAUUGCACAAGGUGUUCAUUUGGACAGGAAUGAAGAGGAUAUCGGUGCUGGUGAUCAAGGCCUUAUGUUUGGUUACGCCACAGAUGAGACUGAGGAGUGUAUGCCCCUGACCAUUGUUCUUGCUCACAAACUGAAUGCUAAAAUGGCAGAGCUGCGCCGUAAUGGCACUCUGCCAUGGCUCCGGCCAGACAGCAAGACACAGGUUACUGUGCAGUACCUGCAGGACCAUGGUGCUGUCAUUCCCAUCCGCGUGCACACAAUUGUGGUGUCGGUGCAGCAUGACGAGGAGGUUCCGCUGGAUGAGAUGAGGGAUGCUCUGAAGGACAAAGUGGUCAAGGCGGUUGUGCCCAGCAAGUACUUGGAUGAAGAGACCGUUUACCACCUGCAGCCCAGUGGACGUUUUGUUAUUGGUGGACCACAGGGAGAUGCAGGCCUGACUGGGCGCAAGAUCAUUGUUGACACCUAUGGUGGAUGGGGUGCACACGGGGGUGGUGCUUUCUCUGGCAAGGACUACACAAAGGUGGAUCGUUCUGCUGCCUAUGCUGCUCGAUGGGUUGCCAAGUCUCUGGUAAAAGCUGGUCUGUGCCGACGUGUGCUUGUGCAGGUAUCCUAUGCUAUUGGAGUUGCACACCCUUUGUCCAUCUCCAUUUUCUCCUAUGGGACAUCUGAAAUGAGUGAGAAGGAUCUUUUGAGCAUUGUGAAGAAAAACUUUGAUCUGCGUCCUGGUGUUAUUGUCAGGGAUCUGGACUUGAAGAAGCCAAUUUACCAGAAGACAGCAGCCUAUGGCCACUUCGGUAGGGAUAGCUUCCCCUGGGAAGUGCCUAAAAAACUUAAGUGCUGAGUGUGAAGUCUUUCUCCCCAGAUCUGUUGGUGUAUAAUACAGAGAAGCUGCAGAAUCUCGAGGAGAAAGACCCCCCUUCUGUAUAACCUGUCCUCCCAUAACUCCAUUUGCUAGUGGAAAAAUAUUGGUUCUUCCCUCUGCUCCCAUCCCCUAUCACACAGAGAUUGUCCCGAGCCCUAUUGUGAUAGCCACUGCCUUGCUAAUGUGUAGUUUUUUUUGUUCAGGGUGAGGGUUGAAAAGGACCAUAAACAAGAGGAUCAAUUUUUGGGUUUGGGUGACCAGACACUCCAUAUUCCCAGUACAACUGUAACCCGAGUCUGCAAGACCUGCUUUACACACCACUCCUUCAUCAAAACUUGUAGUCUUGCUUGGUUCUAAACUAUUGUCAGUGCUUGACCCAAACAUUGGGGCACUUCCAGUGAUGGUGCUUAUUGUGUAGCCCUGGCCCUUCCGUGUAAUUUCAAUGUCCUGACUCUCAUGCAGUCCUAUUUUUGGAUUAGCAAUGUGGAGUUUAAAAUUCUCACUACCAUCCCCUAUUUUCUUUGUUUGAGGACGUACGUAAUGAUUUUUAAACAGCAAAAGGGUUUUCAAAGGAAUUAACAACAAGCUAUGCAUCGUUGUUUCUGCACUAGCCAAACCUCGUUUUUUAAACUUAUUUUUUGAAUGGGCUCUUGUGGCCUUGAUUAACAGGUCGAGGGCUGCUUCCAAGGCCUGCAAGUUGCACACUUUGGUAUUUUUUUUUAUCUUUAAGGAAAUAUCCAUAACUGCACAAUGAGCUCCUGGGUUUCCGACAAAUGAAGCCAUUCAGCCAUUGUUAAUGAAACUGGUGUCGAUACAGAGAAGCCAGUAAAACGAUGGCUCCAGGAAUCUAACCUUCAUACUUGAAUAAUAUUGUGUUCCUAUUUAUUCUGAGACUUGGUGUAUUACAGAGAAGCCAGUGUCUCAGUAGGCAGCUUAGAAACGUCGUAUUUUUUAAAAGAUAAAUAUAUUGCAAUUCCUUCAGUCACAGUAUCCCGGGUAGGCCCAAGGUGUCCUACAGAAAGCUCUUGGGUUGACCUACAAGGGGUCUGGCUGGUGUUAAACACAGGGGCAGGCAUGUCCAGCAGUUGGUGAGUGCCUCUUGGCCAGUGUUGUACAGAGAAGCUGGCCUGUUUACAUGCUCUCUGCCACUGCUGUGAUCGGCAAGUGCCUUUUUGUAACUUAGCAGUUAUUACGUAUGUCUGCUGUCAGAAGUCCAAAUUCUAAGAUCUCAAUAAAGUGCUAGGUUCUCCAUAUAAA